AUGAGCGUUUAGUUUCAGUUUGCAUAAAGGCACAGCUGGAGAAUGACUGAACUGUACAGCAGUAUGAUUGUGUACCAGAAUAUCAAACUACUUGGUUUGCUUCUCUUACUCUGGGUGUCUGAAGUAGAAGGAAAUAAAUCAGACAAUCCAGUUGUUUCAACAAAUUAUGGACAGUUGAAGGGGAAGCGUGUGGAAGUAAAGGACACGGAGAAGGCUGUCUACUCUUACCUUGGAGUUCCAUUUGCCAAGCCACCUGUAGGUCCGCUGAGAUUUUCCCCACCUCAGCCUGUUGAGUCAUGGAAAGGAGUCCGAGAAGCUACAACUUACCCACCAAUGUGUCUCCAAGAUAUGAAAAUGCUUCAGAUUAUAUUUGACAUCAUGAAAGUUAAGAUGCCUGCUUUGGAGUCAAAGGAAGACUGCCUCUACCUGAAUGUGCACACACCUGUACAUCCUUCAGAGGAAGCUAAAUUACCAGUAAUGGUGUGGAUUCAUGGUGGAGCUUUAGUGAGCGAUGGAGCCUCUAGUGCUGAUGGGUCACCCCUGGCAGCUUAUGGCAAUGUUGUGGUUGUAACAAUUCAGUACAGACUUGGAAUCUUUGGAUUUUUCAGCACUGGAGAUGAACAUGCUCGUGGAAACUGGGGUCUCCUCGAUCAAGUUGCUGCUCUGCGGUGGGUAAAAGAGAACAUCAAGAGCUUUGGUGGUGACCCAGAUUCAGUUACGAUUUUUGGAGAGUCAGCAGGAGGGAUAAGUGUUUCUUUUCAUGUUCUUUCUAAUUUGUCAUCUGGCUUGUUCCAUAAAGCAAUUUCAGACAGUGGUGCAGCAUUCAGCCCUGGGUUUUAUAGUCAUAAUCCACAAUCAUUUGCAAAGGAGUUUGCCAGUUUCAUCGGGUGUAAUACAUCUGAAAAUCUCUCAAUGGUUCAAUGUCUAAGACUGAAAAGUGAAGAAGAAAUUCUAAACACUACUAUAUCACUGAAAAUUAGCAGUAUGCCAGUAGUACAUGAUGGAGUUUUUUUAAAAAAAUCACUUGAGGAGCUUUUUCGAGCAAAAGAAUUUAACAGUGUCCCAUACUUGCUUGGAGUAAACAACCAUGAAGCCGGAUGGUUACUUCCUUCUCUCUUUUUUCCAUCACUUGCUUGGCAGUCAGGAAUAGAGAGAGGACAUAUCGAUUCUUUUAUGGAUGACGUUUUCAAUAUAUUGAAGUCAGGAAAAGAAAUGAAAUCACUUUUGAAAGAAGAAUAUUUUAAAGAUAUACAAGAUCCUAUUCAACUACGAGAUCUUCUUCUUGAACUGAUUGGGGAUUUUCUUUUGGUGAUUCCAAUUAUUAGGGUUGCUAACUAUCAUAGAGAUGCCCAAAACCCAGUAUAUCUUUAUGAAUUUCAACACCGCCCCAGUGCAUUUAGAGACAGCAGACCAGAUUUUGUAAAAUCUGAUCACGCAGAUGAAAUUGGAUUUGUUUUUGGUGCUCCCUUUUCUACCAGCGAUUUUGUACUGCUAGAGAAUGCAACAGAAGAAGAAAAAAUAUUUAGCAAAACCGUUAUGGCAUACUGGAGUAAUUUUGCACGCACAGGAUCUCCUAAUGGUAAAGGAUUAUUGGAGUGGCCAGUUUAUGAUCAGGAAGAGAACUACAUGAAGUUAAAUAUAAAACAAGACAUUGCAAGCCACUUAAAAGAAAACAGAAUGUUUUUCUGGACAAAGACCCUACCUGCCAAGAUAAAAGAAAUGUCAGAAGAAGAGCGUGAACAUUCUGAAUUGUAUUUUAAUUUGUGAACUUAGUUAAUAUGUACUAUCAGCAGUGUAGCAUAAUAUGCAUAAAAAGAAAGGCUCAAAUAAAUAAAACAGAAUAUCGUCUGAA